AUGAGCACCUCACAUGUGCCUUGUGUUCCCCAUCCCGUGCCGUACGUCCCCGUGGGCCGCCUCGCGUCCUCGCACUUGCCACUCUCACCCCACAUCACCCCUCACCACCCACCGCCCUGUGUGCCAUGUGCAGCGCUGCCGGGCGAGGAGGUGGCGGGGGUGGUGCUGCUCAACUGUGCGGGCGGGCUGAACAACAAGGCCAUAGAGGACGACUGGCGCAUCCGCCUGGCGCUGCCCCUCUUCCUCCUCAUCGACUUCCUCCUCUCCUUCCCUCCCCUCGCCUCCGCCAUCUUCAACCGCGUCCGAACCAGGGACAACGUGGCAUCGGUGCUGCGAGCCGUGUAUUGCAACCCCGAUGCCGUCGAUGACGAGCUCGUGCAGCUACUUCUGUGUGUGCUACCUAACGGUUCUGCGCCCCUCGCCCUGCCUCCCCCCCCCCCAUCGCAGCUGAUAUGUGCACCAGCAGAGGACCCCGGGGCGCUGCACGUGUUCAUAGCGGUGCUCACGGGCCCGCCUGGCCCGCGCCCGGAGCACCUGCUGCCACAGAUCGAGGCACCGCUGCUGCUGCUGUGGGGCGAGCAGGACCCCUUCACGCCGCUCGACGGCCCCGUGGGGCGCUUCUUCUCGCUCCUGCCGCACCACCGCCCCCUCACCACCAUGCUCACACUCCCCCUGUGCGGCCACUGCCCCCACGACGACCAGCCCGUGGCCGUGCAGCAAGCGCUGCUGCCAUGGCUCGCCCAGCUGGGCAGCACUAAGUAG